CCUCGCCCCUCAACGUCACAACUAAGGCUAAGGGGCGGGCUUGACUCUGCGGAAGAGCGAGGCUAGACCCAGGCCCAAGUGGAGCUCUCUGGGACCGCUGGGGACUAGCAGGAUGGGCAGCAGCUCGCUGUCAGAGGACUAUCGCCUGUGCCUGGAGCGCGAGCUGCGGCGGGGCCGCGCGAGCGUUUGUGGGGACCCCUCGCUGCGCGCGGUGCUCUGGCAGAUUCUGGUGGAGGACUUUGACCUGCACGGGGCGCUACAGGACGACGCACUGGCUUUGUUCACCGACGGCCUGUGGGGUCGUGCUGACCUGGCGCCUGCCCUCCGCGAUCUGGCCCGCGCCUUCGAGCUCCUGGAGCUGGCUGCUGUGCACCUCUACCUGCUGCCCUGGAGAAAGGAGUUCACCAUCAUCAAGACCUUCUCGGGGGGCUAUGUGCAUGUGCUGAAAGGCGUACUCUCUGAGGAACUCCUGACUCGAAGCUUCCAGAAGAUGGGCUACGUACGCAGGGAUAACCACCGCCUAAUGGUGACUACCCCACCCCCAGCCUGCCAGCUGGUACAGGUGGCCCUCGGCUGCUUUGCUCUUCGGCUCGAGUGCGAGAUCCUAAGUGAGGUGCUGAGCCAGCUGGGUACAAGUGUACUACCAGCUGAGGAGCUGCUCCGAGCACGACGGGCUAGCGGGGAUGUCGCCUCUUGUGUAGCCUGGCUGCAGCAGCGGCUGGCCCAGGAUGAGGAGCCACCACCCCUGCCCCCCCGGGGCACACCUGCUGCUUAUGGGACCCCAGUGGACUUGUAUCAGGACGUGCAGGAGGAUGAGAGCUCAGAAGCCAGUCUAUAUGGCGAGCCUUCCCCAGGGCUGGACUCACCUCCUGUGGAUCUGGCAUAUAGGCCACCAAUCUGGGAGCAGAGUGCCAAACUCUGGGGUUCUGGGGACCAGCCCUGGGAACCUGCAGAUGACAAUCUGCAUGGGGCCAGUAGCCCACCAUAUGGGGCUCUGGAAGAGCAGCUGGAGCCAGGACCCUCUGCUUUCUCCUUCCUCUCUUUGCGCCGUGAGCUGAGUCGGUCAGAGGACUUAGCUCCCCCUGAAGGCACUGGGAGCCCUGGGCAAGCCAGCCCCCGACACAGGCAGGCAGAAGGAGCAGCAGGCUCAGCCUAUGGGCCUGUUGUGGAGCCCCUGGGCUACCAGGCACACAGCUGCCUGAGCCCAGGCAACCUGCCCACACUCUGCUGUGACACUUGUCGCCAACUACACGCUACCCACUGCACUGCCCUGUCUGCCUGCCGCCCGACUCAUUCACUGCGAAUACUUCUUGGUGACAACCAGAGACGCCUGUGGCUGCAACGAGCACCGGUGGACACCCUGCUCUAUGACAGUCCUGGGGCCCAUCCCUAGGCCCAGGUGGACCCCAAGUGUUUUGGGGAGACAGUUUCCAUGGUGCUCCUUUUGGAAAAGGGCCUAGGCCACCAACUGCCAGGCCAUCCUGCUCCCCUGGGGAGUCCAGGCCCUGCAGUUGGAAGAGGGCAGCGUUGGGUGGAGUG